CCCUGGCUCUGACGGCCCCUCUCCAUUGCCUCUUUCUAGAAGAGCAUCCGCUGCACUUCCCAGCUGGGGCUGCUGCCUUGCUCUCCGCCUCAGUUUCCCUGCGGUGGCCUGGGGCACUGCGUGUCUCCUUGGAAUGUGGGGAAGGGAGAGGUUGCAGCUGCAAACUAGAAACUGGUGGAAGAAGGCUUCAAAGAAGGAAUCCUGAGAGCGGGCUGCGUGGGGAGGAGAACUGAAGAAAGAAAGAAGAGGGGUGGACCGGCGCCCGCCCUGGGAGGGGCCCAGCCCUGCGCCGGGCAGGGGUGCUCCUCAUGCGCUAUAGCACGGAGGGGGGUGUGUGGCUCUAUGCCAGCCCUGCCACCAGGGCUCACUGUGACCCUGGUGUGGGGGGGUGGCCACCGUCCCUAGGGAGGAUCUCUCCUAUCGGCCCGUUGCCCACUCCAGAGCAAGCCAGCAACUUUUUCCAACAAAGAACAAGAGAAUGAUCCCGGUUACCCCAGGGACCCCUACUGGAGAGUCUUGUCCUUCUCUCUGGAGAGCCAGCCCACCCCAGGUGGGAGCAGGGGAUGGGAGCCUGAGCCACCUCUUCCCUCGUCUCCUCCAGCCUUCCCUUUGCUCUCCGCUGGUCAUGGUGCCUCAGCGUGUGCUGCCAGGCGUGCCCUGUGCCAGGGUGGAGGCUGGGCCUGGGGUUUGGGACAGGGGCUGGGGACCCUGGGGCUGGUGGCUGCCCGUGGUCCGGAGCUCCUGGAUUGCCCUUCAGGAGGCCUAAAACUUUCUGGGAGAAGAAGGGCCAGCCUGGCGGGGUCAUGAGGAGAAGUGGGGGAGGGGGGUCCGGAUCUGUUCCCCUUGGGGGCCCAAGGCAGCACAAUAGUCCCUGUGGCUGCCACUCUCUGGCUUAAGUGGUUGCCUGGGCAACAGCAGGGGCCAGUUUCCACCAAUCCAUGGCAGAAGCUGGGUGGGGGGAGGGAGGCCAGGCAGAAAGGGGGGUGUUGUGCCCCCGUGCUGGAUCCUAUAUAAGCAGGAGGGAUGCAAUUGAUCAGAGUGGCUUGGACUUCAGUGUCCCUCCAGUGGAACCAGGGGCGGAGCACAAAGAUGUUUAGGAUAGGCCACUGCAAGUCUGGGUCCUGGGGCAGCUUCUGGACCAUGCUGACCUUGGUGGGCCUGGCCACUCAUGCAGCCCAGAGAUCCGAUGUGGGCGGGGAGGCAUCGGGCACCUCCAUCAACCACUCCCAGAUGCUGCUCCACCGCCUGCAGGAGCUGCUGCACCAGGGCAACGCCAGCGACGUGGUUCUGCGCGUGCAGGCUGCGGGCACCGACGAGGUCCGCGUCUUCCACGCCCACCGCCUGCUGCUGGGGCUGCACAGCGAGCUGUUCAGGUUGCUGCUGAGCAACCAGAGCGAGGCCAUGCUGCGGGAGCCCCGGGACUGCGCCGCCGUCUUCGACAAGUUCAUCAGGUACCUGUAUUGCGGAGAGCUGACGAUACUGCUUUCUCAGGCCAUUCCACUGCAUAAGCUGGCCACCAAGUACCGGGUGGCCUCCCUACAGAGAGGCGUGGCCGACUACAUGCGCGCACACCUGGCAGGAGGCGCAGGCCCUGCGGUGGGCUGGUACCACUACGCCGUGAGCACGGGGGACGAGGCCCUGCGUGAGAGCUGCCUGCAGUUCCUGGCCUGGAACCUGUCUGCCGUGGCAGGCAGCGCCGAGUGGAGCUCCGUGAGCCCCGAGCUGCUGGCGCAGCUGCUGCAGCGCUCGGACCUGGUGCUGCAGGACGAACUGGAGCUGUUCCACGCGCUGGAGGUGUGGCUGGGCCGCGCGCGGCCGCCCCCCGCCGUGGCAGAGCGGGCGCUGCGCGCCAUCCGAUACCCCAUGAUCCCGCCGGCGCAGCUGUUCCAGCUGCAGGCGCGCUCAGCGGUCCUGGCGCGGCACGGCCUGGCGGUGGCGGACCUCCUGCUGCAGGCCUACCAGUUCCACGCCGCCUCGCCGCUGCACUACGCCAAGUUCUUCGACGUCAACGGUAGCGCCUUCCUGCCCCGCAACUACCUCGCGCCCGCCUGGGGCGCCCCGUGGGUCAUCAAUAACCCGGCCCGCGACGACCGCAGCACCAGCUUCCAGACACAGCUGGGCCCGAGCGGCCACGACGCCGGCCGCCGGAUCACAUGGAACGUGCUCUUCUCGCCGCGCUGGCUGCCCGUCAGCUUGCGGCCCGUCUACGCGGACGCUGCGGGUACCGCGCUGCCCGCGGCGCGCCCAGAGGACGGCCGUCCAAGGCUUGUGGUCACGCCGGCCAGCAGCGGCGGCGACGCUGCGGGAGUGAGCUUCCAAAAGACGGUGCUGGUGGGGGCGCGCCAGCAGGGCCGCCUGCUGGUGCGCCACGCCUACAGCUUCCACCAGAGCAGCGAGGAGGCGGGAGACUUCCUGGCGCACGCCGAUCUGCAGCGGCGCAACUCCGAGUACCUGGUGGAGAACGCCCUGCAUCUGCACCUCAUCGUCAAGCCUGUGUACCACACCCUCAUCCGGACCCCCAAGUAGCCUCCGGAUUGGGAAAUAAAAGUCUUGCCUAGAGGGCACCAGGGUCUGGGAGGGACAAGGCCAGUGUAGAGAUGACUGCCAGCCUGGGCCCUGGGCGAUCAGGCACUGGCGACGCUGGGCUGGAUGGAGGCCAGGUGAGCGGUGGUAGACCAGAUGUCCGGCUUCAGGAGCGGUUUCACAUGUAGGCAGCGCUUGGCCCUGAAUAAAUGGAUGCCCAGA